AUGUACCUGGUUCGGUACAAUCCGAAAUCUGCCCGUAACUACCCGAGACAAGGCCGUCCGUAUUUCGAGCUGAAUCUUGAGGUCAUGAGAAUUUAUGGAAGCGUGAACCCAGGACCCAAUGUCAUCGCAGCUGGACAACUUGCCAAGAGGCCAACCUCCAGCAAUACCAGUCUAGGCCUUGAGACGACGACGACCAAUUCUAACGUUGAGAGGCGAAAAAUUGUUGUCCCGUUUCUGUUGGGACUCACACUCUACCCCGCGUCCGACUUAAGAUAUGCCAAUCCCGAUCAGCAAGCUGCAGAGGUGUCGAGAUGUUGGACUUCUAAUUUGAUCCACAUCUUACUCUCCUAG